GCAGCCUACUACAAUCUGUAAGAAAUCUGUGGAAGAAUAUGUUUCCUAGACCUCUACACGCUGUCGAUGUCCUCACUUAAUAUUCCCUACACUACCUACUCCUACAACCAAGUCCAGAUGUUCGCCAAUCCCAAAUCAAAUGUGAUGUCAGAGUCCAUGUGCCGCUCUCCCUCCACCUCCUCCAUCUCCUCCAUCUCUCUGGUAGAGAUCAAGGCUGAGACUCACCUCGUCCUCAAAGCUUUCCUGCAUCGGACCAUUUCCAUCCCUCUGACAGAGAGACCUGGGACGGUCGGAGGGGCCUACAGAGAUCACAACAAGUACAGCUCCAAGCCACAGCCAAAAGCAAAGGAUGGGGGGGAAACUCAAGCUGAAGAUGCCAAUUCAGGAGACGAGAAGAACAGUGGAUUCAAGGACUUGAUAAAGCAGCUCAACAGCACACGCCGUGCCGCCAAAGACCCCAAAGGCUCAUUGGACAGGGACAGUAAGGCAAAACCAUCACUCCUCAGAGACCAAAUAGAAGAUGAUGUCAUAUCCCCCUCCUCUACAUCAGAGGAAGAGGACAUCGAGAAGAAGAAGAAGCUGAGCCGCAAGAAGUUCAGGAAAAAGCUCUCCAAGAUCUUUAGGUUAAAGUUAGAGAAAGACAAGGACAGAGAGGGGUCUGAUUCUCCUCCUCAGAGGCCGACCACACUAUCAAUCAAAAAAGAACCAGAGCCCUCUCCGGCCAUCGUCUCUCCCAACCACCCUCCUGAGUUCUAUGAUGAAGUAGCAGAGAAGCUGGACAAGAUUGCCCAGAGGUCCACCAGUAUAAAGAAACUUAGACCCAAAACCCCGCCUUCUCUAGGAGUUUGUGAGAAAGACGCAGUGGUGCAGCAGCUGGCUCAAGUGCUGUCGUUAGAGGGAGAUUCUAUCAACACAAAGAUCCAGUCGGACCCCUUUCUGCGCUCCAGCUUGGCUCGUCUCUCCUACGCCUCUUUUGCCAAACUUCUGGACACUUUCAGCAGUAUUCAGGUAUCAAGAGCCCCGGCCCUGCAGCCAACAGCUAGUCCAACUCUGCGACGCAUGGCUGUCAGCAUGGAGGUGUCACGGAGGAUAGUGACGGCCACAGGCACCCACCGCAUGCAAGGCUAUGCAGAGUGCUACAUGGAGACCUUUGCCCCCUGGGUCAAGAGUCAGGGAGGAUGGGAGAACGUGGUGCACCUGGAGGAGCCUGCAGAGUACGACUGACUGCCCUGAGCUCUCAGGUGUCUUUUUGUUCCACUGGUUGCUGAACUCUGGAUGAUGACGUUGAAGUGAAGAGAGGCAGGUGGAUAAGCUUUCCCACAGAGUCUCAUCUGGACUGUAACAGGACUCUAAAAGCCUCUGUGAUUGAUUUAAGUCUGGGAUGGAGGCAUCAGACAGUGUUCUUACUAAAGGUUACUGUUUUUAUACUGUCAGAAGAAGAAAUUAUUUAUAGAUUAUUUUAUUAAAAUAUGUGUCAGUCAGUUUGAGAGUGAUAGCAGGCUGUGAUGGUGUUUUGAGUUUGGCAGUGUGCAGUUUACAGUAGGAUCAUGAUUUAGGCCUUUAAACAAGCAUUUUAUUCUCUAAAGUCCAUUGUAGAAUGUGUGAUUUUGGGCAGUCCCAGACGAAAAAUGACCAUCAUGACAGAAAUGUCACAAUAUCUUUGGUUGUGGCUCUAAAACGGUGGUCCUAGGUCACACAGUGAGAGCGGUUUAAAGAUGGCCGUUGUCAUGGUUGUGCAAUCAAAGACAGCCUGGGAUCAAUCCUGACAGUGUCAGAAAUUUGGGAUGAGCAUCUCACUAGCUAAUGAAACUACCUAGUCUACUAACCAAUCCAUAGAAAUGCAGCAUGAGAUGACGCUCUGAUCUGCACCACACUGCUAAAUGCUAAUAGAUGCUAAUACUUACUCCGAGCUGUCGUUGCAAAACUGGAGUGCCAAGUUGGCCUCUUUUCCCGUCAGGACCGCGUCCACAUUCUCCUCCUCUUGUUCAGGCUUUUGACACACAUAAAUGCCGCUUCAGCAAGGGCGCCACUUAACUUAAGAUUUGCUAAAAUCUCACAGUCUGCAGGAGGCUUUUCUCUGUUUAGUGAGAUAAUUACACUUGUAACAGUUGCAGUUUUUUACUCUCAGGUCCCUUACAAAAGGCCUCUUUCUUAUACUAUGUUCUCACAAUGAUAGGAAGAGCUGACAGUGAAGGAUCAAAGACAGUCAUGCUCUCCCUAACAUCCACACACAGUCACCAACUGCUCCUUCUCACCUGCUGGCAAGCAGCUUCGCUGAGAGAGCCUAAAGCUCACAGAGGUUUCAUAUCGCCGCCAGAUCAACCAAGAUCAUGUGUCAUAAGUUUCAUAAUGAUCGAUAGAUGUGAGUGUAGUCUAUUUAGCAUAAUAUGCUGUAUUAUGCCUUUGCUGAAUUUACCAUGAGCUGUAAUGAGCUAGAGAGAUGACACUUGGCAACAUAACUGGAAAUGUCCUAAUGCUUUACCUUAGAUUUGAUCCCAAU